UCAACCAGAGGGAGAGGUCAGCAGCUCCGUAUCCGCACCACAACCUGAGACAGACGGCUGUUUACAGCGAGUGCCUGAACGACAGGCCGUUUCUUCACGUUUAAAACAAAAUGAGCUGGCCAUUGUGCCGUUGAACUUCCGGUAACAUUUCUGAAAAUGCUCUAUGCGUGCUGCUUUGUGCUAGAAGAUGGCGGAGUCGGAUGGCGGGGAUUUUGCUUCGCAGUGUCCACAGAGCAGUAUGGCUAACAAGAAUAGCACCCUGCGCUGUACGUUCUCGGCCCCCAGCCACAGUACCACCCUCCUCCAGGGAUUGUCGGUCUUGAGAUCACAGGGCCAACUCCUAGACGUCGUGCUUGCCAUCAACGACGAGCGCUUUCAGGUCCACAAAGCCGUGCUGGCUGCCUGCAGCGAUUACUUCCGUGCGAUGUUUACAGGCGGAAUGAGGGAGUCAAGUCAAGAUACCAUUGAGCUGAAGGGUUUGUCCGCCCGUGGUCUGAAGCAUAUUAUUGACUUUGCCUAUAGUUCAGAGGUCACACUGGACCUGGACUGUAUUCAGGAUGUCCUUGGGGCAGCCGUGUUUCUCCAGAUGGUCCCAGUCGUGGAACUCUGCGAGGAGUUCCUUAAGUCAGCGAUGAGCGUUGAGACCUGCCUGCACAUUGGCCAGAUGGCAACCACCUUCAGCCUGUCUUCCCUCAAAGAAUCGGUGGAUGCCUUCACCUUCCGACACUUCCUCCAAAUCGCAGAGGAGGAGGACUUUUUGCACAUUCCCAUGGAGCGCCUCAUCUUCUUCCUGCAGAGCAACAAACUUAAGAACUGCAGCGAGAUUGACCUCUUCCACGCUGCCAUCAGGUGGCUCAGGCAUGACGAGUCACGCCGGGCUCAAGCCAGCAGUGUCCUCUGCCACGUGCGCUUCCCUCUUAUGCGUUCUUCAGAGCUGGUGGACAGCGUUCAGACGGUAGACAUCAUGGUGGAGGACGUGCAGUGCCGUCAGUAUCUCCUUGAGGCCUUCAAUUACCAGAUUCUUCCCUUCCGACAGCAUGAGAUGCAGUCCUCACGAACACUGAUACGCUCUGACGUCAUGUCACUCAUCACCUUCGGCGGGACGCCGUACACUGACAACGACCGCACAGUGAGCACCAAGGUGUAUCACCUCCCCGACAUUGCCUCUCGCCAGUUCAAAGAGCUGACAGAGAUGGAGGUGGGCUGCAGCCACGCUUGUGUCGCUGUGCUUGAUAACUUUGUGUAUGUUGUUGGUGGACAGCACUUGCAGUACCGCAGCGGUGAAGGUGCAGUGGACAGCUGUUACCGCUAUGACCCACAUCUCAACCAGUGGCUGCGCAUCCCACCUCUUCAGGAGGCACGCAUCCAGUUUCAGCUCAAUGUACUGCACCGACGGCUGUAUGCCACUGGGGGGCGCAAUCGAUCUGGCAGUCUGUCAUCUGUGGAGUGUUACUGCCCUAAGAAGAAUGAGUGGGCAAAUGUGGAGCCUUUAAAACGCAGGAUUUGGGGUCAUGCAGGGACCACAUGUGGAGAAAAACUGUACAUCUCAGGGGGUUACGGGGUCUCUCUGGAGGACAAGAAAACACUUCACUGCUAUGACCCAGUUUCAGACCAGUGGGACUUCAAAGCUCCCAUGAACGAACCUAGAGUGCUGCACGCCAUGAUCAGCACCAGAGAUCGGGUGUAUGCUCUGGGUGGUCGCAUGGACCAUGUGGACCGUUGUUUUGAUGUGCUCGCGGUAGAGUAUUACGUUCCAGAGAACGACCAGUGGACCACCGUCAGCCCCAUGAGAGCCGGGCAGUCUGAGGCCGGCUGCUGCUUACUGGACAGGAAGAUCUACAUUGUGGGGGGAUACAACUGGCACCUGAACAACGUCACAAGCAUCGUGCAGGUGUACAACACUGACACAGACGAGUGGGAGAGGGAUUUGCACUUCCCAGAGUCCUUUGCAGGCAUUGCUUGUACACCUAUCAUAAUUCCACAAAACACAACACCGCGUUGACUGUUUGACUAGUGACUGUGAAGAUUUCAUUCCAUGUGCUCUUUCUGCUGAAAACUGAGUCAACACAAGGUGUGAAGAUUAUAUAAGCUAGUGUCUGUGUGGGUUCAUUCAUCUGAAGAUAUGUCUGUGAAAGUAACUUAGCACUAAAAGUUUGUCUUUUUUUGGACAUGAUUGUCUUUCAUUCUUCAAGUGAACUGUAAUAUAUAAGUAAAACACACAAUUUUAGCACUUCUUCUUGAGAAAUAAUCACAAUUCAGUCAGUAAAAGUGUUAUAAUUUCAGUUAUUAAGGGCUUAUGUUAUGGACAGUACAAAUCAUCUUUAAAGUCUCCUUUUUGACUGAAAGUCCUCAGUGACAGACUCAACCUAUUAUAACGUUUGACAUUUUGAUUGUAUAGUUGUGAAUGUUGGGGUUUUUUGUUUGUAUUUGUCUUUUUUCUAUUUUAGGAUUUAAAAAAUGAAGCUAAAGGAAAAUAUUUAAAUGUACAAAGCAACAAUACCACAUAUCAACGCACAGUAUCAACAGCACAAGUGAGCACAAGUAUUUGUUGUGUUACAACUACGACUGCCGAGAUUAAUCGCAUUAAUUAAGGUUGACAAUCUUGUGCUUUAUUGUCCCUUUCAGCACGUUUAUUAAGCCACUUUAGUAUCUCCCUUCAGCCAGAGGGAUGCAAAAUAAGUCCAUCACUGCUCCUUAGUGUCUUAUUUCACUUUAACUGAGAUGUUGACUCACAAACAGUUCAGUGGACAAGUUAAAAGUCAUCUGUACCUUGUGAUAUCAAACAUUUACCUUUUUAUUGACCCCUCAUUCCCCUUUCAAUCCAUAAAAAGUCCCCUUUUCCAUCAUUAUGUUUAUGUUAAAACCUACAAUCUGCUGAUAAAAGCAGGUCUGUAUCCAAACAGGAAGGCAAUAACCCUCAGUUUAAGACAGAAACAUCCAAAAUGACAGAAUUAUUUUUGAUUGCAAAUGUAGGAGUUUUUAUAAAAGAAUGUGAUUAAUGCUGAUUAACUACAGAAAUCUGAAAUUAAUCACAAUGAAAAAUGUAAAUCUUUUGACAGCCCUAGUUUCAACUAAAAAAAAGCAUUUUUUUUUUUCAAAUUGCAUCUGCCCAAGUGUUUUUGUCUGAGCCAAAACGUACACAAACAUGCUAAUUGUUGUCUCAGUUGACAUGUUGGUCCCUCCGGCAGCUACAUCAACUAUUAAUGAGUGUCAGUGCUGCUCUAUGUUAUAGAUAAGCUACAUCAUACAUGCUUUUCUCCCAACUUAAAGGGAAUACAGGUGAUCUUCUAAAUUCCCUGAGAAAUAGUACUUAAACUGCCGUGUUGAAGCCGGCUUGUGUUUUUAUUUUUUGACUGCACAUUUCAGAGCAGUAUUUAUCAGACACCCGAUUCUGCUGCUCAACGUAUCCACGUUCUUUGUGUGUGCAUGGAAAAUUUAAGCUUUAAAUUCCUGUUUUUUAUUUUAAAUGUAACAUCAGUGUGCUGGUAUGGAGUGUCUGUUUUAAAAGUGUCUCCUGUUUGCCUUAGCGUGUCGUUCUUUUCUUUGUUUUUUUUUUUUAACUGUACCAGUAAAAGCACAUGAUGUCUUGUUGAAGUGCAAUACAAUGGAAACCACUGUAGUCAAAGGGGAAUGUAGAAGUUUGUGAAGCUUUAUGUGUGUCUUUUAUUAAAGGUGUGUCAUGUUUUAAAAAUA